AUGGCUCGCCGCCUCCUCGCCCGCCACCUCUCCCCCCUCCUCCGCCUCGGUGCCCGCUGCCCCGCGCACCGUCCCUCUCCGGCUCUCGCCGUCGCGCGCUGCGGAAACCUUGGCCCGGCAUCAUGUCCCCCGGUCUGGGCUCCCCAAGGAAUACGAUUCUUUGCUGAUGAUCGUUCACACUAUGAUCUGUUUGGUAAAAGAAGGCCAGGCGACGAAGGGUUCAGGAAAGCUUGGCAGGAGAAUGUUGACGAGGAGGACUGCCUAUGGACAGCCAGUGAGGACGAGGAUGAGGAGGAAGAGAAUGACACAAAAAUGGAGAGGGAGAUGAAGAAAGUGAAGAAGCAAGCCAAGGAAAAUGCAAACCUCGUAGAUGGUGAUGACAGUGACGAGUUAAGAAGUAUAUGCCCUGAGAGCGAUGAAGACGAUAUGAAUCUCUGGAGUGGUAGUGAAGAGGACGAUGACAACGAUAUCCCUACUGAGUCACACCCCAAUGAACGCAGUGAUCCAUAUAUUGAUAAGGUGUUUGAAUUUGAUGAGGCACCCAAAUAUCGCACAAUCUCUGAGUUGUUAAAAGCUGAGAAGGAACCACCAGAGCUCUCGCCAGGAAAGCAAGCAAGAAAGCUUGCUGUAGAAAAUGCUCUCAAAAAGUUGAAAAAGGGGCCUGACGGACGCUACAUUAACGUGUUUGAUGUUGUCACUGAUAUAGAUAUCCUGAUUGGAGCAUUUGAGAACAUUGUCUCGGGACCAGAAUAUGCAGAGCUGCGGGAGGGUGGACCAAAGAAGCUCAAUAUCCAGUUCUUUAAGGAUAUACAAGCACGCAUGAGAGACCCAAAUUUCAAAUUUUCUCCGGAGUUAAAGUUAAAGCCCAAGAGUAAGUUAGUGCCUAAGAAAAAAUGGCAGAAAGCACAAUCAAGGAAGAGAAAGAAUGACAAACGUUGAGCUGAGAUAAAACGGCAUUCAACAGUCAUGUAAUUCAAAUCCAUAACACUUUCUUCAAAUGGCGGACAAGUUUCUGUUGUGUAGUGUUAUCCACAAUGAAUAUCUUCUGUAACAUGGCACAAGUACUUAGAGGAGUAUCUUUGGCCAUAUCAUUUUAAUGUAUUCAGUUUGGCAAGCAAAUGGUCUCUGAAUUCAGCAGUUUAUUUUAGUUUAACAGGCAGGGAGUAUGAUUCUAUCCA